AUGGGUGUUCAGUGGCCUGGUGUGGCCUUGGUUCAUCCGUUUCUGUUUGUCUGGACCACCUCAUUAGCUGCUGCCUCCGUGGAAGGAUACGCACAGACCACCCAGGCAUAUGGGCAGCAAAGUUAUGGCACCUAUGGACAGCCCAGCAGCUAUGGACAGCAGAGUAGCUAUGGUCAACAAAGCAGCUAUGGGCAGCAGCCGCCCACUAGUUAUCCCCCGCAAACUGGAUCCUACAGCCAGGCUCCAAGUCAGUAUAGCCAACAGAGCAGCAGCUAUGGGCAGCAGAGUUCAUUCCGACAGGACCACCCUAGCAGCAUGGGUGUCUAUGGGCUGGAGUUUGGAGGAUUUUCCAGACCAGGAGAGAACGGGAGCAUGAGUGGCCCUGAUAACCGGGGCAGGGGAAGAGGGGGAUUUGAUCGUGGAGGCAUGAGCGGAGGUGGGCAGGGAGGAGGACGCGGUGGAACGGGCAGCGCUGGAGAGCGGGGUGCCUUCAGUAAGCCUGGUGGACCCAUGGACGAAGGACCGGAUCUUGAUCUACGCCCACCUGUAGAUCCAGAUGAAGACCCUGACAACAGUGCAAUUUAUGUGCAAGGCUUAAAUGACAAUGUGACUCUAGAUGACCUGGCAGACUUCUUUAAGCAGUGUGGAGUUGUUAAGAUGAACAAGAGAACCGGACAACCCAUGAUCCAUAUCUACUUGGACAAGGAAACAGGAAAGCCCAAAGGUGAUGCUACAGUGUCCUAUGAAGACCCACCAACUGCCAAGGCUGCCAUGGAGUGGUUUGAUGGGAAAGAUUUUCAAGGGAGCAAACUUAAGGUUUCUCUUGCUCGGAAGAAGCCUCCGAUGAACAGCAUGCGGGGUGGUAUGCCUCCCCGUGAGGGCAGAGGGAUGCCGCCACCACUUUGUGGAGGUCCCGGGGGCCCAGGAGGUCCUGGGGACCCCAUGGGUCGCAUGAGAGGCCAUAGAGGAGACAGAGGUGGCUUCCCCCAAGAGAGCCCCGGAGGAGGAAACAUCCAGCACCGAGCUGGAGACUGGCAGUGCCCCAGUCCGAGGUGUGGAAACCAGAACUUCGCCUAGAGAACAGAAUGCAACCAGUGUAAGGCCCCAAAGCCUGAAGGCUUCCUUCCACCACCCUUUCCACCCCCGGGCGGUGACCAUGGCAGAGGCGGCCUCAUGGACUGCGGUGUUCCUGGUGGGAUGUUCAGAGGUGGCCAUGGUGGAGACAGAGAGGGCUUCCGUGGUGGCUGGGGCGUGGACCAAGGUGGCUCUGGUGGAGGAAGAUGGGGUGGCCCUGAUGGGCCCCCUGGACCUUUGAUGGAACAGAUGGGAGGAAGAAGAGGCAGGUGCAGAGGACCUGGAAGAACGGAUAAAGACAAGCACUGUCAGGAACGCAGAGACCAGCCCUACUAG